AGGUCAGUGAUUCGGUGGUGGAUAUUUGUCCGAUUCUAAGCGGACGAGGGAAUCUUUCUUAUUUAAUUUUAUUCGAUUCUAUGGUGACAAACAAAGCGUUAUAACAACAGCUUAAGAACGGUUUAAAUAAAUAGCUGUUUACAAUACUAAGCCGUUUGUCCGCCAUAACAUGUCAGACGGCGUUUUUCGAAGCAGAUUUUGAUAGUGUUUAACAAUUUUAUUAUAAUUAAUUGAUUUUGGCUUUCCUUGUUGACAUUUUGACAACAGACUUGAUGCCUAUCGAUAAGUGUAUAAAUACAAACUACAUCGUCCACGGAGGAGAAAAAUCUACUCGGCACUACUAACCAUAUAGAAAUCUGUGUUUCAACCACGGUAGAUUAUACGCCAAGAGGCCAAGAAUCAAGUCACUGGGGAGGCCGAUGCCCACUCUGCUACCCCGUAGAGGCGUAGACACGACUAUGGGAUUUAUACUUAAAUGAUUUCACAGGACUCGAUUAUGUUAACAUGAGGAAAGAACAAUAUUUUGUUUUCGUGACUCUCAUGAUUGAAAUGAUAACGUCUCUGCCCCAUAACGAUUCAACUGUAUCAACGGAUCAACCGAAAUCAACCGCUUAUAAUUUGGAGUUCGCGUCAACCAAACCAAAGGAUAAAAAUGUUAUAAAAGAAAAGGGCAAUGUUACUGCGUCUAAACUUACAGCACAAACCACAUGUGGCAAUAGAUUGGCCCUAAACUUUCGAAUAGUUGGAGGAAGUGAAUCCCAAUUAGGUGCUUGGCCUUGGAUGGUAGCCCUGGGAUACAAGAAUUCACAAAGAAAUAAUAAUUCUAUUGAGUGGCAUUGUGGUGGUACAUUAAUUUCCAACACACACAUCUUAACUGCCUCCACAUGUGUAGCCAAUACUGGGCCAAAAGUUUUAACCGUUGCACGCUUAGGUGAGUUGGAUUUGGAUCCCAAAGUCGAUGAUGGGGCACUACCAUUAGAUGUUCCGAUCAAACGUAUUAUAAACCACGAGGGUUACGAUUCAAAAAAAAUCAUCAAUAACAUUGCAAUAUUGGUAUUGAAAAAUAGUGUUACUUUUAAUGAAUUGAUCCAACCUAUUUGCUUACCGACAUUAUUGGAUAUGAACAAUGUCGAAAAAUCAAAAAAUAUACCAUAUGUUGUCGGCUGGGGAAGUAACACUGCUUCGCCUCAAAAAGAUGAGAAGACUUCAACGUCUUUGAUGGAAGUUCAAAUUCCUAUAUCGAACACAACAGAAUGUAAAGAGGCAUAUUCAAAUUAUAAAAGCGUGAUUGAUGACAGAGUGAUAUGCGCAGGAUAUCCAGAAGGCGGAAAAGACUCUUGUCGGGGUGAUUCCGGAAGUCCUUUAAUUUGGUCAAAGAGAAAUCAAUUUUAUUUGAUUGGUAUUGUUUCUUAUGGUUUUAAGGAAUGCGGCGAUCCAGGUCAUCCGGGCGUGUACACCAGAGUAACUUCUUACAUGGAUUGGAUAUUAGAUAAAAUAAGCAACUAUUUGUGUAUGCGUUUUCUCAUUCUGGACAUGUCGAAACGCGCAGUAGUAUGGUAUUUAGUUUUUACGUUCUUCGCCGAUGCGCAUUCCUUGGAUCAAAAAGACAACGAACUGUGCAAAGUGAUCACCAAGACCAACAACGAUUUCACGUGUAAGCCUAUCAACCAAUGUCCGGUGGUUCUUCGUGCGGCUAAAGACCAUGCGGCGUACCCAAAGAUUUGCAGGUUCAACGGACGGACUCCGAUCGUGUGCUGUCCAACUUCUCAAGACGCCCCCAGUAGAAAUUCAACCGAAAUGUGCAGAGAAUACUAUUCGUUGACUACUAAAGGCGGUGGAACUAUCGAUUCUGGCGGUUGUCGGCCGAAAAAGAUUGUAAGCAAAAAUCUUCUAACCAUCGUCGGCGGAACCGAGGCCGAAGAAAUGGAAUUUCCUCACAUGGUUAUUUUAGGAUUUGGAGAAAACAUAAAAAAUGUCGAAUGGUCAUGCGGUGGAUCAUUGAUUAGCGAUCGUUAUGUUCUUUCAGCUGCACACUGUUCCGAAAUUGGAAAAAAAAGCCCAGUUAAAUGGGCCUUAUUAGGUGACAACGACUUAGGUUCUAACAAAGGAGCUGCAGAUCCUCAAAUUCGUGAAAUCAUCCAGCGCAUCUUGCAUCCAAAUUAUAAACCUCCAUCGAUGUACAACGACAUCGGUCUGUACCGGCUAAGAACACCAGUCCAUUUCAAUCAAUUUAUCUUUCCGGCUUGUGUAAACACCGAAGUAGAACUAACCAAUAAACAAGCAAUCGCCAUUGGUUGGGGAAGAACUAGUUCAGCUAGUCAAACGAGUAAUAUUUUAAUGAAAGUAUCAUUAGAUUUGGUGGAACAAAAUGACUGCAAUCGCAGUUAUUCGUCUUCCCUGAGUCCAAAUUUGGAAUUUGGAAUAAAUCCCAACAAUCAGAUUUGCGCCGGAAAACUAGAAGGUGGCAAGGAUACGUGUCAAGGCGAUUCAGGUGGACCAUUACAGAUCGUUCAUCCCAAAUUCGAGUGUAUGUAUACACAAGUGGGUAUUACGUCGUUUGGGAGACUUUGUGGUGAGCCAAACGCACCCGGAGUCUACACGAGGGUAUCUAAUUAUGUGUCCUGGAUCGAUAGCGUCGUGUGGAAGUCUCCAUGAAUAUUGCAAUCAAUAAAUCAAAAAGUACUUAUUGUUCAAAAAUGCAUUACUACAAAGCUAAUUAAUUUUUUUUUGUACUUGAGAUAUCGAAAAAAAAUAAAAACAAAUUUACUCGGCAAAUGUUCUCCUC